AUGCACGUCUACGAGUUUUUCUCCAUAGAAACAUGCUUGAAUAAUUUAUUUUUCAGAGAAAAAUAUAUAUUUUUUACUCUACUUCUAUUUAAAUUUUUAAUCUAUACAAAAUGUUUAUUGCGUGUGCAUGUGUGUGCGCGUGCGUGCGUGCGUUUGUAUCUGUAUGCCAUAGUGAUUUGACUAAUAGUGAGAAAAAGAGAAAAGAAGAGUUUUUUUCAUCUUUCUUUCUUUCUUUUUUUUCGAGUCGAUAAACAUUGAAAUUUUUUGUAAUACAAAAGUUAAUAACUAAGUUCUUUUUUUGUUGUUUCAUAAAAAUAUAUUUAAAGAGUUAGUGAAUUUAAUUUGUCUUUUUUUUUUUAUCUAUUAAGUUAGAGAUUCUUUAAGAAUUGUUAAUUAUUCGAAGAUAUUCUUUGACAACUUGUAAUAUAAUUAUAAAAUAAUUAUAAUUACAAAAAUAAUUGGCAAUUAUAAUUAUAAUAAUAAAAAGACAUUUUCUGAUAUACGAGAUAAUUACAAAAAAAAAUAUAUAUGAAAUAUUUUCAAUUCGGCAAGAUUGAUAAAAAAUUUCACAAGAAAAUCGAAUCAUGAAAUCAAAAUGAUUUUUAACUAGUCUGAUUAAUAAUUAAUAAGUAAAAAAGAAAUGAAACAUACAAUUUUAUUAUUUCUUUUAUAAAAAUUAAGUGCAAUGGUUUUUUUUCACCACAAGUGCUUAAACGAAGAUAUAUAGUACGAAACUCAUACUAAUUAUCAUGUAUGAUUAUAGAAAUGGUUAUGGUUAUUAUACGAUCUAUAUACUUUGAUAUAUAUGUAUAUAAAUAUUUCAUAAAAUUAUUUUGACUUUUAAAAAGAAUAUAUACGUAUAAGUAAUCAUGUAUACGCAUAAAAAUAAAAUAUGAGAGUGGACGCCAUAAAUGUUAUUUUGUAUAUGCAUUAUAUGAACUCUAUUUGUGUUAUAUAUUUGUUUAAAGAUGUAUACAAUAAAAUAAAAUUAAAUAUGUAUAUAUUUAUAUUAUAGAUUGGAGAUAAUACAUAUAUGACAAAAACGUGGUGAUUUUCUUGCAAGUAUUACAUUUCCAUAUGAAUAAUAAACGUUUUAAACGUAAGUUAUUCUAUUACUACUGUGAAAUUGUAUAAUGAGAGUAUUAUAUAUAUAUAUAUGCAUGUAUGUAUAUAUGCAUAUACGUAUAAAUAUAUAUACAUAAAAAUAUAAGAAGUACCAUAUUCUACAAGAAAGUUGCAAAUAGUUGAUGACCAAUAACAACGAUCCCUUAUACAUCCAACCACGCAUAACGAUGACGGUGGUUAAUGAGCCAUUCUUCGUAGCAUCUACUCAAAAUGGAGUACAGAAUAUUGGUGAUGAUAAUACGUUAGAGCUGCCUAAUGCAUCAACAAGUAAUAUCGCAGCUCAAUCCGAAAGGUAUAACUCACUCAACUCACUCGGUCCAUCUUUUCUCACAGUGAAAUUGGGAGACGACUACUUUCGAAUUCCGAAAUCUUUGAGCGUCUUUAUGAUGAAGGAACCAAACCCAUACGAAAAUGAUUCAACGGACAAAAAUGUAGUGAAAGAAGAAAAGGGGGAUAGUGUUAUGCAAACGAGAAGUAAACAAAAACUUAAGGAAGAAAAGAUUAAGGAAGAAACCGAUACUACGGAUGAUCUGGACGAUACUCCUCUUGAUUUUAGAAAAAUGUGUGAAGAAAAAAAUACGAAAACCAAGUCUGAUAGAUUAUCUAGAUUAAAAAAAAAGCCACAUACUUGUGAGAUCUGUUACCUUACCUUUGAUCGCAAGAGUAAACUCACCAGUCACAUGUUCAAACAUAGUAAUUCGAGACCUCACAAGUGUCGAAUUUGUUCGAAAGGAUUUAAAACCGGUGCUUAUUUAUCAAGACACAUGGAAAUACACGACGAACCGGCACAGUUACAUGCUUGCACACUAUGCGACUUCAAGGCCAGAACAAAGCCGUAUUUAAAAAUCCAUUAUAUUCGUAAACACACGGAAGAUUACAAUUACAGUUGCGAGCAAUGUGGGAAAAUGUUUAAAGUUCAAUCGGACUAUACUACGCAUAUGAAGGACCACGAUACUGAAUCUUGCGUUUGUGAUAUCUGUGGGUCUUCAUAUCCAAGUAAAAGUUCUCUUUACUUUCACAAACAUUAUAAACAUAAGACUAAAAUUAAGGAAUUCGAGUGUUCGACUUGUAGGAAGAAAUUCAAAAGUCAAAAAAAUCUUGAUAAUCAUGCUGAGUUACACAAGAUGAAAUACGUGUGUGAACAAUGCGGGAUGGAAUUUAAAUUUAAAUAUGGCCUGACGAAACACUUGAGAACACAUUCCGGAGAAAAAUCUUAUCUCUGCGCGAUUUGUGGGAAAACGUUUGGCUGUUUGAGUUCACAAAAGAUACAUCUGCUCACUCACGUUGGUGAACGUCCUUACGUUUGUGAUAUCUGUGGGCAAAGUUUCACACAGAGAUCUCCAAUGAUGUUGCACAGAAGGAAACAUCCUGGUGCGCAUCCACCACCACCGCCGAUCAAAAUUACUAAUCUCUUGCACGGUGUACAAGACAAGAUCAUCAUGAAUAAGAAUAUAAAAUAAGAUCUCUUAUCAUAUCUCCCUUCGUCUCAUAUUUUUUUUCACUAUGAGAUAAACGCACAAAGAAAGUUCAUUGUGUAUGUAGGUUGAGCUUACGUCUUUAAAAAUUAUUGCGAUCUAUUUAUCAGCAUUGUUAUCGGCUCAAAGUUACAUGAAAAAAGAACGAACUAAAAUGAAAUAACUCGUCAAUCAAUCGCUCAGAAAGAAGCAACUGAUUAUUUCAAAGUACAAGAUUUUGAACUUUGUACAUUUUUUUUCUUCUUUUUUUUUUUGUAUAUUAUUAUUAUUAUUAUUAUUAUUAUUAUUAUUAUUAUUAUUAUUAUUAUUAUUAUUAUUAUCGAGACAAAUCUAUUUGCGCCUAUAAAAUUCUCCAAAAUUCUAAUAUUUUUUAACAAACUCAUGAAUUUAAUUCAUGAAUUUUUAUACUGCUAUAAAAAAAUAUAUAUAUAUAUAUUUACAUACAUACAUAGGUACGUACGUACAAUGCAAAUUUAUUUUCUCUAGCCUAUAGAAAAAAAGGAAAAAGUAAGAAAUAUAUUAAUAAGAUAUAUUUCUUUGGGAUGAUGCAAUGUACAGAAUAGAUUUUAUGUGAUAUGUAUUUGAAUUAAAUAUAUACAUGUAUGUUUUUGAUAAAUGAAUAUAAUAUGUACUGUUACACACAAAAAUAAUUCUAUUAUCGAACGUCUUUAUCGUUUUUCUUUUUUAUUUUUUUUAUUUUUCUUUUAAAACAAACGGUAAAUAUUAUAUCUUCAUACGUAAAUGAUAAGUCGAUAUAGGAUAAAAUUUUUGCGGAAAUUAUAUAAUUUGUGAUAUUUGCUCGUACCCUGCCAUCGAUGAUAAAUUUAUUGUAAAUAUAUUGAUAUAUAUACAAAAUAUAAUUUUGUAAAUACUCCAUGUCCAAACUAUUUAAUAUUUAAAUUAUUGUUUAAGAAAAUUAUAAAAUAUAAUAGGAACUCUAUAAUAUUCUGUUAUAUCAAAAUCCUACAAAAUGAUUAUUGUGAUCUUUACAGUGCAUUUGAAUAUUUCUACUUUUAAUAUUACAAUAAGAUCCAGAAAAUAGAAAUUAUGAUUACCCGAAUUGUAAGUGAGAAAAGUGUUUGUGAUCUUCGAGGUAAAUCGAAUUGAUACAUUUUUUGAAUCUAAAAUUAUUCAAUCAACAUUAUAAACCCUCUAACGUAAGAGAAUUUAUUUCUUUCUCUUUCUCUCUCCCCCUUUAUAUAUUUAUACAUGUACAUUAAUAUAUAUAUAUAUAAUAUUUUAAUAAUAAUAUGUAUGUAUAUACACACAAAUUUUUUGUACAUGUAAAAAUAUUUAUAGAACACAUAGAAUUUAUUUUUUAUUAUGUAUACAGAUAAGUUAAUCAA